AUGUGUUCUGCGUUCCCUCCGGCCAUCGUCGCGAACCUCGAUACUCGUGGGGCUGUGGCCCUAUUGGCAGCCAGCACCCGGCCUCGCCUCAUUGCCAACAUGCGCAAGAAGACGAAUAAGGCACACUCCUCACAAGAAGAGGUGCCAACUUCUCUCAAGCCCAUCACGUGGGCCAGCAGUUUUGACAGCAGCUGCAACAUCCAUUCUCAGGACGACGACUACUCCCGAAGUGGUCCACCCAAGUGGGAAGAAUCGGCCUGCGUCCCAAUGACAGGCAAACAGCCCGCUCUCAUCAAUCGAAACUCUAAUUAUGGAGGCAGUAUUGCCCAAGAGACAUUAUUGGGGAUCAAAAAUUGCAAGCUGUCAGGUACUGGUGAUACAGAAGAAUUUAUCAAUUUAAACUCCUCUUCUAUAAAUUCAGUGGAACAGGAGACCGGAGAGGACCAAGAGGAUGAUACGCUUAUAGCCUCCACUGAUAUGGCUCGACCCAAACGUCCCUAUUACUGUCAAAAGGCACAAAAGUUUCGUAAUAGCUGGCGCACUCAGUCAGUCGAAAACCCACAGAGUACUAUAGAAGGUAAACUAGUGCGGGAUAGAUCGUUGACCAUGGUGGAGUCUCAAUCUGGUAGUGACACCAAAAGUACUAAUGGAGGUAACACAGAUCGUGGUGCCCAGGUGACUGUCUACUUGACACGCGGUUCAAGAAAUCCUGUAAAAACCAUCCUCGUUAACCACAAUGCCGCCAAUAUAGCAGCAGCGAACGCAGCACGACUUCGUGCUCGAAGACAAAAAACUUUUUCGAAUUGCAAUCAAUGGCGGUCAGUUCAACUCUCCCCCACGCAUGAUGUGGAGACGGAUAAACAAGGGUGGCUGGGAGACGACGAACUUUACAACACCUCCCUUUGCAACAUUCACGAAUCUUAUCCCAACAAUUUGUGCCUGCACAGAACUCCUUGCACGUGUACAAAUAAAAGUCAGCUGUCCUGGAGGAAGAGAAGCCCUUCGCCCUAUUUAACCUCUGUUGCCUCCUCGAUGGAUGUAGCUAAGAUAAAACAACUCACAAAAUCUUCAGAGGUGGUCCCAACGUCAAUUCUGAAACCCCAGGUGUCCCAUCGGACAUCGGAGAGGAAGUCAAGUGAUGAUGACGGCCCCUGUUUGGAACCCAUGUUUGCACUGAGGCAGCGCCGUAUGAGAGCAAUGGCGCGCCAUCAAAGCAACUCCACAUUUCAUAAUGUUGGUUAUCGACUCGGUCGACGGAGGCGGAUGUUUCAGCAUCGGAGUGUGGUGUCCGACUACUCUCUUGCCUUUGCGGUGUUGGGAAUACUCCUCAUGAUUGUGGAAAAUGAGCUCACCUCAGGUCAAGUUGUCACCAAGGACUCCAUUUGGUCGCUAAUGCUGAAGUCGCUGAUAACAUGCUCAACGCUGGCCCUAAUCGGACUUAUCGUCCUCUACCACAUUAUUGUUGUUAGGGUUGCCGAGGCAUAUCCGCGAGCGCGGUACGCGGGUCCAAGUCGUUUAUGGCGGAUGAAUCACGCCACGGAUUCUGCAUCUGGAUGUCAGAGCAGUUUCGACUCAAGUCAAACCAAGCCGACGAAAACAUCUAACAAAGCCGUGAGCUUCCUUGCCAAAGACGGUAUCGUUAAUAAUGACGCGGUUGUACUGAUACUCUCCUUCGACGACUGCAUAGAGGACUGGCAAAUAGCAUGGGAUCGCUCAAGGGUGGCGAAGUUGGUCAUAGAGAUCCUCGUGUGCGCAAUCCACCCAGUGCCAGGCAAUUUCACCUUCAGCUGGCCCUCCUCCUAUUACCUCUUUGGGAGCAACAUUCUCUUAUCCUGCGCUCACUGCAAGAACGGCACCUUGGAUCCCAGUCUUCUCACCUCUGGGGCCUCUGUACCCCGGGUCAGCGCUAUCUCGGGAAGUCCGCACGUUAUCUUUCCCUCUAACAAAGUGGUCUCCAUCGACAUCAUCCUCUCCCUCCCCAUGUUCCUCCGCCUCUAUCUCAUCUUCCGCGUAGUAGUGCUACAUUCGAAACUCUUUACCGACACGGGCUCGCGCAGUAUUGGGGCCAUGAACAAGGUGGAUUUCACCACACAGUUUGUCUUCAAGACAUUUAUGACCAUCUGUCCUGGCACCGUGCUCGUCGCUUUCAUCCUUGGGUUUUGGGCUGUUCUUGCGUGGAUGCUAAGAGCUUGUGAACGGUAUCUUGGCGUUCCCUUCUUACUGCCCUAUUUCCUUCUCAGCGUUCAAGAUCCGGUCUUUGGAAAUCUCUUCAAUUCCAUGUGGCUCGUCGCCGUGACUUUUCUGAGCAUAGGCUACGGAGACGUUGUUGCAAAUACCUAUUGUGGUCGCGCGAUUUCUAUUGUUGCGGGAGUUUUGGGUUCACUCUGCACUGCGCUUGUUGUGGCCGUAUUUGCUAAACGACUGGAACUCUCCAGGGCGGAAAAACACGUUAUUCACUUCAUGAUGGAAAGUACACUUACGAAGCAGAUGAAGUAUUAUGCAGCAAAUGUCCUGCGAGAGACCUGGUUGAUCUACAAGUACACCAAAUUGGUGAAAAAGCUCAACGCUUCUACAAUCAGGAAACACCAACGAAAAUUUCUCCGCGCGAUACAUGGUCUCCGACAUGUGAAGUUAGAACAGAGGAAGCUACAGGAUAAUGCAAACACUUUGAUUGAUUUGGCCAAGACCCAAUCUAUAAUAAACGAUACUGUAUCGGAGAUGCGAAUUCAACACACGCGACUCCAAAUUCGUUUGGAAGCGAUCGAGGAAUCUUUGGUGCGUAUUCAGGAGCAAUUCACCACACUGCCGAUCAUCCUGAAAUACAUUCGGAUGCAGACGCGCAAUUCGAGUUGCUCCAACCAGAAGAGUGAGGACCGCAUGGAUUUGGAGGAGUGCUGCACGAAUCAAGGUACAACCAAUCCAUACAUGCGCUACCGACAGACUUCCUCUCGAAUCUUUAAUCAUCAGGGUUCCAGGGCGACGACAAUCCGCUGUGACGACAGCGACCUUGUCAUUCACAAUUCGGCUGCUCAACUCCUUACCAACGAUAGGCUGGAGGCUGCGGCACAGUCGGCCGUCUCCUUUGAGUCCACCCAGUCCCACAAACCGCCCAGUUACGCUCGUGAUUGCCUUGACGUUGAACCCGUCCAACGAGCCAUUAGCGAGCCCCUCACCUCCUUCCUCGCCGCCGUCCGAUAA